AUGGGGAAAUCGGACUUCAAACUGGAUACUGAGGGUCAUGACAAGAAACACAAAUCACCGAAACUAUGUGGGACUAACUACCCCGUUAGCAUCGCCUUCAUCGUGGUGAAUGAGUUUUGCGAACGUUUCUCCUACUAUGGCAUGAAAGCGGUGCUGACCCUCUAUUUCAUUCACUAUCUACACUGGGACAAGGACCUCUCUACAGCUGUGUACCAUGCCUUCUCCAGUCUGUGCUACUUCACGCCUGUGCUGGGAGCCCUCAUAGCAGACUCAUGGCUUGGGAAGUUUAAAACCAUCAUAUAUCUGUCCAUAUUGUAUGUCAUCGGCCAUGUGGUUAAGUCUGUUGGAGCCAUCCCAGAUGUGGGGGAUAGCACUGUACACAUUGCCUUGUCCAUGAUUGGUCUAAUCCUCAUUGCAUUUGGAACUGGAGGUAUCAAACCAUGUGUUGCUGCUUUUGGAGGGGACCAAUUUGAGCAGCAGCAUACUGAGGAGAGAAGAAAAUUCUUUUCUAUCUUUUACAUGUCAAUCAAUGCUGGGAGUGUUCUAUCAACAGUCAUCACCCCAAUAUUGCGAGGUGAUGUCCAGUGUUUUGGAGGUGACUGUUAUGCUCUGGCUUUUGGUGUCCCAGCAGUUUUGAUGGUCAUUGCUUUGAUUGUUUUCAUUGCUGGCAGUGGACUUUAUAAAAAGAGUCCUCCAGAAGGGAAUGUGCUGGUGCAAGUUUGCAAAUGCAUCGGGUUUGCGAUCAGUAACAGAUGGAAUAGCUCCAGAAAAAGUCCAUCGCGGGAGCAUUGGCUGGACUGGGCUGAAGAUAAGUACUCGAAACGUCUCAUCCAAGAGAUCAAGAUGGUGCUCAGGGUGUUGGUUCUUUUCAUUCCACUCCCCAUGUUCUGGGCACUGUUUGACCAACAGGGUUCCCGCUGGACUCUCCAAGCCACACGGAUGAACAUGGACUUUGGUGGAGCCUUCGUUUUGAAACCUGACCAAAUGCAGAUGCUGAACGCUUUGCUGAUUCUGGUGUUUAUUCCUAUCUUUGACUUGGGUGUGUACCCACUCGUUGGCCUGUGUAGGAUCAAGGUCACGCCUUUGAGGAAAAUGACCAUGGGAAUGCUAUUUGCAGCACUAGCUUUCUGUGCUGCAACCAUUGUAGAAGUGAAUGUCAUUAAAACUGUUGUGGAGCCACCACCAGCUAAACAGUGCCUCGUCCAGGUCCUCAAUCUUGCCGACAGAGAUCUCACUGUGCACAUUCCAGGAGUCAGUGAAGUAACAGUUAAGCCAUAUGAGGAUCCCACGGGAUACACGACUCUUUCGCUCCCUGGAGAUAAAGAGUCACUCACAGUCAAAAUCACGUCCGGUACAAAUGUUUAUACAUGUUCAGAGAACUUCGGUGAUGAAAAAGCCUACAGUCUCAUUCUACGCAAUACACAGUCUGGAGUUACAUGCGAACUUGUGAAGGAUCAGAUUACAAAAUCCGAAUCCGGAGAUGCUUACCUGAGGUUUAUAAAUACUCUCUCAAAUAGCGUCAACAUAACCGUUGGUGAAACAAAUUUUUAUGCAGCUGGAGGCUAUGGCAUAGAUCACAACAAAACGGUGGAAAGAGGAGAAUAUAACGGCAUUAUAUGCGCAACACCUUCAAAGGAAUGGGCCGUUGAUCUUGGUCUGCUUGACUUCGGUGCUUCGUACACAUUCAUUGUUACGGAGGAAAAUAAUGCUGUUACAGUGAAGAAGGUGGUGGAUGUGGAAGCCAAUAAUGUUCACAUCGCCUGGCAGAUUCCUCAGUAUGUCCUCCUUACUGCAGGAGAGGUCAUGUUUUCCGUCACUGGUUUGGAGUUCUCCUACUCUCAGGCUCCGGCCAGUAUGAAGUCCGUUCUCCAGGCAGGCUGGCUGAUGACUGUGGCUUUUGGAAAUGUCAUCGUGCUGAUUGUGGCUGAAGGAGCUGGCAUGGAGCAGUGGGUGGAAUUCCUGCUUUUUGCCGCUCUGCUGGUGGGCGUCAGCAUAAUCUUCUCCAUCAUGGCCUACUUCUACACCUACGUGUACCCAGAAGAGCUGGACAAGAUGUUCAGCCAGGACAACGGUGACAACAAUGAAACGGGUUUCAAGAAGGACCCAAGCGACAUUGUGUACAAGAUCCAUGAGCUACCGAAAACCACCAAAAUGUAG